AUGGCUGCCAAGGCGGAGUUGAUAUCAAAUUCAGUCCAAGAAAUGGCUAUCAAAGGGAAAGAACCACCAGUGAAGUAUUUCUAUAAAGGAAAUGAUGGUGGAGUCCUUGAUGCUUCUGUUCCGUUAAUUGAGGUUCCAGUUGUUGAUCUUGGUCUUCUUACAUCUGAAUCAACCAGUGCACAGGAACUUGAGAAGCUUAAAUUGGCUCUCGGCUCAUGGGGCUGCUUUCAGGUAAUAAAUCAUGGCAUGACAAGUUCCUUUUUAGACAAAAUACGUGGAGUUAGCAAGCAGUUCUUUGCAUUUCCGAUGGAAGAGAAGCAGAAAUACUCCAGAGAAGCUGACAGCAUUGAAGGUUAUGGAAAUGACAUGAUUAUUUCGGAGCGCCAAACAAUUGACUGGACUGAUCGACUGUAUCUUACUAUUAGCCCAGACGACCAGAGAAAGCUCAAGUUUUGGCCAGAAAAUCCUAAAGAGUUUAGGGAAACCCUACAUGAAUACACCUGGAAGUUACAAGAGAUAAAUGAAAUUCUCCUUAGAGCCAUGGCAAGGUCGUUGAACUUGGAGGAAAGCUGCUUUUUAGAUCAGUAUGGAGAGCAACCACUUGUGACUGCAAGGUUUAACUUCUAUCCUCCAUGUCCACGGCCUGAUCGAAUUCUUGGUGUUAAGCCACACGCAGAUGCAUCUGCAAUUACCUACCUCCUGCAAGACAAAGAAGUAGAAGGUCUUCAAUUCCUGAAAGACAACGAGUGGUUUAGAGUUCCCAUCAUUCAACAUGCUCUUCUAAUCAAUGUUGGAGAUCAAGUUGAGAUAAUGAGCAAUGGAAUAUUCAAAAGCCCAGUACACAGAGUAGUGACAAACAGAGAAAGGGAGAGGAACACUCUGGCUGUGUUCUGCAUUCCUGAGUCAGAUAAAGAGAUCAAACCAGCAGAUGGGCUGAUCAGCGAAAUUACGCCGAGUUUAUACAAGAAGGUGAAAGAUUAUGUUAGUAUCUAUUUUCAAUACUACCAACAAGGGAAGAGGCCAAUAGAAGCAGGCGAUCUCAGUGUCUGCAUAAGCAUGGCUGAUAAUCUUUUUCCUACCAAAAUAGAAUCACAAUCAAAAUCUGUCCAAGAGUUGGUCAUGUACAGUGAAGAACCUCCUGAAAGAUAUUUCUAUGAAGAUGGUGUUAAUGGAGUCCUAGACAGUUCUCUUCCAGUGUUGGAGAUUCCAGUUAUUGAUAUAGUUCGCCUUGCAUCACCAUCAACCAGAGGAGAGGAAGUUGAAAAACUCCACUCAGCUCUCAGCUCAUGUGGCUGCUUUAUGUCAAUAAAUCAUGGAGUCACUGGUUCAUUCUUGGACCAAGUACGUUCCAUUACAAAGCAGUUCUUUGCACUUCCAAUGGAAGAGAAGAUGAAGUGCUCCAGAGAAGUUGAUAGCACAGAAGGUUAUGGAAAUGACAUGAUUCUUUCAGAAGAUCAAAUACUUGAUUGGACAGACCGAUUAUAUCUUAAAGUAAGCCCAGAAGAAAAGCGAAAGUUCAUGCUUUGGCCCCAAAAACCUGAAACGUUCAGGGAAAUUUUGCAAGAAUAUACCGCCAAGUUAAAGCUGAUAGUUGAAGUUGUUCUCAAAGCCAUGGCAAGGUCAUUAAAAUUGGAAGAUAACUGCUUUCUGGACAAGUAUGGAGAACGGGCAAUAAUGAUUGCAAGAUUCAACUUCUUUCCACCCUGUCCAAGGCCUGACCGAACUCUUGGCCUGAAACCACAUGCAGAUGGAUCAGCAAUCACCAUUGUCCUGCAAGAUAAAGAAGUAGAAGGUCUUCAAUUCCUUAAAGAUGAUCAAUGGUUUAGAGUUCCUAUUCUUCCCCAUGCUCUUCUUAUUAAUGUUGGUGAUCAAACAGAGAUAAUGAGCAAUGGAUUGUUCAAGAGCCCAGUUCACAGAGUGGUGACAAACUCAGAAAGGGAGAGGACUUCUGUGGCUGUGUUCUGUCUUCCAGACCCAGACAACGACAUUGAACCAGUGGAUAGGCUGGUCAGUGAGACGAGACCGAGAUUAUACAAGAAGGUGCAAGAUUAUGAAGGCAUAUACUUUCAGUACUAUCAGAAAGGGAAGAGACCAAUAGAAGCAGUAAAACUUUAA